GCCCCGCUCUUUCCCUCCCAGUCUUGCAGGGGUUAAGGCAGACGUCAGUGGGAGCGGCAGCCGAGCCCCUCGCUCUUCCCCGGUGCGACCGCAACGCCUCCCGUUUGCCAGCCCAGGCGCGGGUUUUUCCAGCAGCAUCGCAAGGAGGGGGCUGGGCAUCAGCGGCCGCCUCCUUAUCUCCGCCGCCGCCAACCGCGCCGGCUCCUUCCUCGCCUUGCCCGCUGCAAACACCCGAAGAUGGCGGCCCAGAGUCUCCUCGCCCGGCUCAGCCGAUGUCUCCCGGCCGCUUCCCGCCCGAGCCCCCGACUUGGAACCCUGCAGGUCCUGCUGAGCGCCCAGACCAAGAGUUGUGGCUGUUUUUUCUCGACUAGCAGCUCUCUCAAUACCAAAUUUUAUACUGACCCAGUGGAAGCAGUAAAAGACAUACCAAAUGGGUCGACCCUCCUUGUUGGCGGUUUUGGGCUCUGUGGAAUUCCUGAAAACCUUAUAGGAGCUCUGUUGAAGACUGGCGUAAAAGGGUUAACGGCUGUCAGUAAUAAUGCCGGGGUAGACAAUUUUGGACUUGGACUCUUACUUCAAACAAAGCAGAUCAAACGCAUGGUGUCCUCCUACGUAGGAGAGAAUGCAGAAUUUGAGCGGCAAUAUUUAUGUGGAGAACUGGAAGUUGAACUUACACCCCAGGGUACCCUUGCGGAGCGGAUCCGAGCAGGAGGGGCAGGCAUCCCGGCUUUUUUCACCAGCACAGGAUAUGGAACUUUAGUGCAAGAAGGAGGAGCGCCAAUCAAAUACAACAAAGAUGGCAGCAUUGCCCUUGCUAGUGAGCCAAGAGAGGUGAGGGAGUUUAAUGGCCGUCACUAUAUUAUGGAAAACUCGAUAACAGGCGAUUUUGCCCUGGUGAAGGCGUGGAAGGCAGACCGCGCUGGGAACAUUAUCUUCAGGAAAACGGCAAGAAAUUUUAACCAGCCUAUGUGUAAAGCUGCCAGAACAACUGUGGUAGAGGUAGAAGAAAUUGUUGAUGUAGGAUCUUUUGCCCCAGAAGAUAUUCAUGUUCCCAAAAUCUAUGUCCAUCGCCUCAUCACAGGGGGGAAGUAUGAAAAAAGAAUUGAACGGUUAUCAGUCCGAAAAGGUGAAGACUCCCAAACCAAACAAAAGAAAAGCGGGGAUAACGUGAGGGAGAGGAUAAUCAGGCGAGCAGCUCUCGAGUUUGAGGAUGGCAUGUAUGCUAACCUGGGCAUUGGCAUUCCACUGCUUGCCAGCAACUUCAUCAGUCCGGACAUAACUGUUCACCUGCAGAGUGAAAAUGGGGUUCUUGGAUUGGGACCGUACCCACUUGAAAAUGAAGUUGACCCUGACCUCAUCAACGCAGGUAAAGAGACGGUCACUGUGCUUCCAGGAGCCUCCUACUUCUCUAGUGACGAAUCUUUUGCCAUGAUUAGAGGGGGGCAUGUUGAUUUGACUAUGCUUGGAGCAAUGCAGGUGUCUAAAUAUGGUGACCUGGCUAACUGGAUGAUUCCCGGUAAGAUGGUGAAAGGAAUGGGUGGCGCCAUGGACUUGGUAUCCAGCUCAAGAACCAAAGUGGUGGUCACUAUGGAACAUUCAGCAAAGGGCAAUGCUCAUAAAAUUUUGGAAAACUGCACACUGCCAAUUACUGGGAAACAGUGUGUGAAUCGCAUCAUAACAGAAAAGGCUGUCUUUGAUGUUGAUAGCAAAAAGGGAUUGACGCUGAUUGAACUCUGGGAAGGAUUGUCGGUGGACGAUAUCAAGAAAAGCACCGGUGCGGAAUUUGCUGUCUCUCCAAAUCUCGCGCCGAUGAAGCAGAUUUCAACCUGAGAAGCAGCCUCUGCUUAACUUCCAUGCUUCCAGUGAAGAGGAAUCAAACGUCUGUUUUGCAAUGAUGCAUUUUAAAGAGGUCUUUGUAAGUAGUUUCAAGUAGUUAGCAUCAGGCUAACUAUGUAACGAUAGCCCUGUAAACGUUUGUUUGCACAUGCCAUUACAGCACAGUUUCCCAAAAUAAACUCCAUUUGGUACGUAGAUAUUUAUAAUCCUGCAGGUUUGACUGUUAAUAAACGCUGGCAAGAGACGAAGCCUUGAGGAUGUGAUCUUAAUAUUGUGACUUUGUACAGAGGCAGGGGCCAGUUCCAGACACAGACCAAACCGACUUGCAAGUGCCUGUACGUUGGCUGCAAAUGCGCACACAGAAAAGCAGAGGGGCAUAGGGCGUGCUGCUUUUGAUCCAAAGCAUGCCAGGAACUGAACACUUGCAUGGCCAGGAGCUCUAUUUAGAAAAAGGUCCUAUUGAUAGAAAGCGAUGUCCAGGGUUGUUUAUAUUCAGUAACAGACAAAUGCAAGAGUGGGCAAGUGUCUAGACCACAGGUAGGCAACCUUGGCUCUCCAGCUUCUUGUAUUUCAGCAACAGCUGGAGGCCAAGGCUGCCUACCCCUGUUCUAGUCCUUAAGGCUCAAAGUUAGCCUUGAAUUUGUGUUGCUCGUCCUAAGAUGAAUGGAAUGAGCAGAGAUGCAGAUGUGCACAGUUCACAUAAAUGAUGCCACCCACAAUAUCCAGCUGUCUUGAAUCUAGCUGGAAUUUGGGCUACCUUGGCAUAGUAUUCUGAGUCUUUCCUUUAGGAACACAAUAUAUACAGCCCUGGCUGUAUGGGGAACAUAGAGCAAAUGGACUGACCAGUUUUCAGACAUGGGAGGUUUUGUUGCAUUGGAAGCCACCCUUGUGCUGAAUUCGCGGUGACCUUUUUUGGCUGAGCAUUUUGAUACAUUUGUGCACAGCUGCACAUGUGCAUCGCAUGUACGGAUUCUGCCUUCCCAUUAGACCAGCGGCGGGCAAACCUAGCCCUCCAGCUGUUGCUGAGCUACAACUCUCAUCAUCCCCAGCCACAAUAAAUGGGAGCUGUGACUCAACAACGCUGCAGGGCCAGGUUUGCCCAUCCCUGCAUUAGAUCUGUGCAGGCCUUGCAACCCAGUACAGCAAAUUCAUGAGGCAGAGGGCAAUGGAAGCACAGGAUGUAGCCCUGCCCUAACCACACCGGUGUGCUUCUUGCUCACUCGCCCUCUCUAGCCCAGCCCACGUGCAUUAAACGUCACAGAGGCAGGUGCUGACUAUGAAGGAGACUACACCCCACAUUCUAGAACAGGGCUAGGCUCUCCAGUUGUUACUGCACUACAACUCCCAUCAUUCCCAGCUGUAAUUGUGGCUUGGGGUGAUGGGAGCUGUAGUUGAGGAACCCCUGGAGAGCUGCACGUUGCCUACCCCUGCUCUAGAACUCUGGCCAGCCAGGGUUCUAAAACAGGGCGAGAAGCUCUCUACAUUCCGUGCUAGAUGCAGAAGAGAGCUUGGAGCAGGGUGAGCAUGUUUGCACAAGGAGUGUGGCUAGCUGGUGCACCCAUUUUCCUUUCCUUGUGUUCACUGAAUGUAGGGGAAGCAGUGUCCCAAGAGGGCUACCUUUAACCAUGAAUUAUGCGCACACCUUUCUAGUGACUUCAAAGAUGCAAGCAUAAUGUUUUGACUGCAGUUGCUGUGCUGUUACGUUAGUAUCUGGAGCUGGACCUCUUCCUCUGGACUUUAAGACAGUGGCAGUCAAUGUCUCUUUUUCCUUUUCCUUUUUGAUUUGGUCUCAGCAGUGUGUUAAAGGUUGUGUGCACCCCUUUUCUCCACCCCAAAGCUUUUGCAGUUGAAAGUUUAAAUUAGGUAGAAAUGUACACAUUUGGCAAUGAGAAGAGCCCUAUUCGGAUGUUCAACUCAAAGCCUCUGAACAGUGCUAACACGGGUUGGAAGUUCCAUCUGGAGUGUCAUUCACCCCCUCCACAUUGCCAUUCAUGAUUACAGUGGCAUUUUGUCUGAAGAGGGAAACGCUGCAGCCAUUAUGGCAGGCACUUCUGUAAUCGACAGCCUCGGGCAAUCCAGGCUACCAUUCAUGGCAGCAUCUGCCAUAAAGGUGGCUGCUUUAAUUGAGAUCCAAGUAGGUCAUUCACACAAUCAAAAACUGUGGUCUACCAGGGUUUGGGAGCCAAGUGUGCUCCCAAUUUUCAGUUGUGUGGAAGCAAGGCAGGAGGAUAACCUGGAUAGAAGUGAUUGUGUAGAAGCAAGGUAGGAGGAAAAACUACCCGGGUUUUCCUCCUACCGUGCUUCCACACAAUCAAAAAUUGGAAGCACACUCAGCUCCGAAACCCAGGUAGUUGUUUCUCUCUCUCUCUCUGUGUGUGUGUGUGUGUGUGUGUGUGUGUGUGUGUGUGUGUGUCCUAAGUGCGGUGUAAUAGCUGGAAUGUUGGUGUCACUGUGGGGCAACCUCAUGCCAAAUCCCUGAUCAGCCAUCUAGCUCACUGGGCAGUCCUAGCCAAGACCAUUACUUACCUCCUAGGGCUGCUCUGAGGCUGAGAUGCCGCUCUGAGCACUUGUAAAGAUGUUGAGAGGGCUCUACGUGCUGGUGUCCUUCUCUGCCAUUGAGGUCAUUGCUUGUCUUCCUAUUGCAUGCAUGCACCCAGGUUUCCUCAGAAAGGCUCACUCUCUGUAUUGGGUUUCUGCCAGAACUUGACUCCUUGGUGGUUAUGUAGAAGCAGGAAAGAGCAAGGAUGGAGCCCUUUUAUUUAUGGUCACCUCUUUUACCUUGAAGGAUCUCUUAGAAGGGUUUGAGCAUAGUGUCGUAGUAACCCUUCCCAUAGGUUCCGACAACCCCUUAUAGCAGUUCAAAGUUCUAUGUCUUAGAGUCCAUUUCCUCCUCCAUCUCAACCCACCAAUAGCAGAAGCCCCCUGCCAAAGCCACUUUGAGUGCCUAGCAUUGCAGAUCACAGAGAGAGAGAGAUGCUCCUCAAGCACAGCCUCUGCACCUGCAGACAAAUGCUCUACCCUAAGAAAGCAAGGCCUAUGGCGGGCUGGCAUACUUACAUUAGCCCCGCACCCAGGGACCUAACUUCAGAACCGGACUUUUGUGUGAUCAUUAACAGUGCAAGCAAGUCAACCUAGAUUCUUGGCCACUGAUACUUGUUGGUCCGAAUGAUUGGCUGCAAGUAAGGCAAAGUCUCCCCACACCCCCAAGUUCUCAAAAAUCUGGUUUCAUCCUGAAAUGCAAAGGUGGUCAUGUCACAGUUUGGAGAAUAUGGGAAAUUCUGGUUCUUUCGCCUUCAAGAUAUAUGAAGCUCGACAUGCCUGCAAAAGCGUUAUGAGAGUUAUUGGUGACAUUAUUACUAUGAGUGGUGACAAGGUUUUCAGGACCCAAGGAUUAUUACCUCUUACAUGUCACAGCAGAAGAGGAGAGCGAUAGUGGCUCUUGAGAAAAAGAGGCAAUGAAGGGGCAACUAGAUAGAGGUUUAUGAAAUGAUGCAUGGGGUGGAGAACUUGGACGGAGAGGAGGGAUUUUUCACCCUCUUAAUACUAGGGGUGUAACUAGCAUUAGGCAAGGGGACACAGUUGUCUUGGGGCCCCACUGCCUCAAGGGGCCCCCCAGAGGCACAUCACAUGACUCCCCGCCUGCCUGUGUUGCACCCCCUGGAUCUUUUAAGUACCUAGCAACACUUUUGUAAGGGGGAGAGGAAGAGUGAUAGGAUUUUCCAUGCAAAAGGCUGGUAUUAGCAGGUAUGUUCCAAAUUUCUUCUAAAAACAAAACAAAAAAAAUCUUUCCCUGAGUGUAAAGGAAAAGGAAUGAGAGAGAGCAGAGAGGAAGAGGAAGAUAGGUGGUGUGAUGUGGGCUCAAGGCUAUGUGUGGCUCACCAGAGGUGCAUUAGAAUCUAAUCUGGCCUGCCACCAAACUUUAGUUUGACACCCCCUGGCAUCGUUCAUUUGCAAGAGAGAGAAAAUCCAAGCCCCAAUAUUUAUUAGGAGUGGAAUCUUUUGUGUGUGUGUGUGUGUGGGGAUUCUUGUUGCACCCCCUGUAAUUUCCUGCUGGAUCCACCCCUGUGAACUAGAUAUUCACUGUAUUCAUAAUGGGGUUGUGAGUGUGUGUGCACUAUAUAUUGUGAAGUGUGUUUGUGUGUGUAUAUCAGCGAGGGAGCAGCCCAUUUUAAAAUCUUGUCUCUGGGCCCACUUCAACCUUGCUGCGCCCCCGACUAGAACUCUGGGUCAUCCAGUGAAACUACAAAUUGGGACUUUCCCGGUUCCAAACCUCACUGCAUGCCAUGCAUACGAAUAUGGCGAAUAUUUAUAUACAAAUACAAUGAACUCACAUGUUGGCCUAAGGCAAGCCAUCCUUUCAGCCUCCUCAGCUGAAAUAUGAGAUAAUACUAGUUACCUUUACAGUGAAGAUUGUAAGCAGAUGGAGCAUGUGAAACACUUUGAACACUCCAAAGCACUGUACAAAUGCUAUUAAAUCAAUUGGCAGUAAAUUCAGGACAGGUAAAAGAGAGUACUUCUUCACACAGCACAUGAUUAAUUUAUGGAGUCCCCCACCCUAAGAUGUUGAUGGCUUUAAAAGGAGAUUAGACAAAUACUUAGAGGAUAGGUCCUACCUGUGGCUGUGAGUCAUGAAGAGUGAAUAGUGCCUCUGUUUUUCAAGGCAGUUUACCUUUAAAUGUCAGGUGCUGGGGGAGCCUUCAUGCCCUGCUGCUGGCUGCCUUGAAGCACUAGAUUGACUGGUAUAGGGACAUCGGCAGCUGCCAUAUACCGAGUCAGACCAUCAGACCAUCUAGUUCAGUAUUGUCUUCAUAGAUUGGCAGCGGCUUCUCCAAGGAUGCAGUCAAGAGUCUCUCUCAGCCCUGUCUUGGAGAUGCCAGGGAGGGAACUUGGAACCUUCUGUGCUUCCCAGAGCAGCCCCAUUCCCUGAGGGGACUCUCUUACAGUGCUCACAUGUGGUCUCCCAUUCAUAUGCAACCAGGGCAGACCCUGCUUAGCUAAGGGGACAAGUCAUGCUUGCUACCACAAAACCAGCAUAGGAAGCUGUCCUGUACCAAGUCCAAACUAUUUAGCUCAGUAUUGUCUACAAUGACUGGAUGCAGCUCUCCAAGGUCUCGGGUAUCUCUCUCAGCCAUACCUGGAGAAACUAAGGAUUGAACCUGGGCCCCUCUGUGUGCAACGCACUGGGCUACAGCCACAUCCCUAUAUCCCGAGUCUGGAUCAAACUAGAUAGUCCUCUGGUUUGAUCCAGUGGGCUCUUGUUACAUUUUUAUAACAGAAAGCACUGAGUAGAUUUCAGGUGAUACAUACAUAAUCUCAACACAGCUGACACUCUUGAAUCUCAAAUGUGUUGCUCUUUCACCUUCAUAGGUUUAUUUUCGUUCAUGUUUUGUGUAUCAUUAUGCUUUGUUCUGGCCUUUGACAAGGAAAAGAAAAAGAGAACCAUUGACAUAGCUAAUAAAUGUACUGUAAAUUGUAUAUCUAGGUCUUUUUAUAUGUACUUGCAAACAGUCAAUAAAACAGAUCGCACAACAA